CUUGAAUUUAAUCGUAGCCGUCGAUUUCAGCGAUCGACUCCACCGCAAAUACUCUGUCGCCGCCGCCGGCCGAUUACAACUGCUUUUGCUGGUCUCCCCGUUCCUCCGCCGCCGCGCCGCUGCCGUCGAAUGGGUUUCUUCGACUUGAACAUUCCGUAUCUUGAAUCCGACCGCCAUGUCACAGAUAAAUCCGCCCUUAAAGGCCGCCGCCUGAAGCUGGUCCUCAAAGCCAUGGAGCUCGGCUUCACCGGCGUCGCCUACAACCUCACUCUCCGAGGCGUCAUGUCCGAUUCCGAUCGCUGCUCGACAACGCUCUUCCCUCUCGCUAAACUCGGAGCUUCGUCCUCCUCGUCUUUCGUUGCCGCCGUCAAGUUCCAUCGCGAGCUUCUCAAUGUCCCCGUUUCCUCUCCUUUCCGGCAGUACACUCGACUCACUGUAAUCGUCGAUUCGCCUGCUCAAGCUUCAGCUCUCAAUUCCGGUAAUCCUGUCCUCAAGAGCUACGAUAUUGUGGCUGUUCGGCCGAUGAACCAAAACGCAUUCGAUCAGGCUUGCCAAACAUCGGAGGUGGAUAUGAUCGCCAUUGAAUUUUCAGAUAAAUUGCCAUUCAGGCUAAAGCAACCGAUGGUUAAAGCUGCCGUGAAGCGUGGGGUUUACUUUGAGAUCACAUACUCCGGCCUUAUUUCCGAUGCACAAUCGAGGCGGCAAAUUAUAGCUAAUUGCAAGCUACUUGUUGAUUGGACACGAGGGCAGAACCUAAUUAUCAGCAGUGCUGCUUCUUCCGCAACUGAACUUAGAGGACCUCACGAUGCUGCAAACUUGCUCUCUCUGGUUGGGCUCCCUAUAGAACGCGCAAAAGCAGCAAUAUCCAAAAAUUGUCGAUCUCUCCUAGCUAACACGUUAAAGAAAAGACGAUUUUACAAGGAGGCUAUUAAGGUUGAAAGAAUGCCGUCAGCUGGAGAAGUUAAAUUUUCACAAUCUGCAUUCGAUGAAUGGGAUCCUAUUUCUAGCGGCGAAGGAGAUCUUCUAUUGGAUGAGAUGGAAAAGUCUUUUGCAAUUUCCAACAGUGUCAAAGGAGUUUUGAAGACUGUCGACUUUUCCUCAAAUCUGAAUGGCUUGCCGGCACAUGGACUGCAGAUUAAGGAUCUAAUUGGUGUUAACACGUCGUUAGAACAAUCAACUACCGAUAACUCCAUACCUACACCUACUGCCAUGGAGAUUGUAGAGACUACUGCAAAGUCAUCAACGAGGAAUCCGAACAACUCGACUGAAUUGAAAGCCGAACUUAUGGCAUCUGAUGUUUCUGGAGGGAAUGAUAUAAGUGGCGAUAGCCAAGUUCGUACCAUUGACAUUAAUGCGCCUAUCACUGAUGAUCGAGCUUCAGAAAAAUUCCCUAAUGUCUCGUAUAAAUCUAGCUCCUCGGCAAAUGUGGGAAAUCAUCGUGAAGAUAGUAUUUAUGAAGUGGAAGCGGUUGCGCCGGGGAAUACUCAAAACAAGUUCGACAUUAAAAAUGAAGAAGGAAGAACCUUCACAGCACCUGAUACAUCUUCUCACGAAGUAUGCGUGGCUCGGGAGCAAUGUGGAACAAACAAUGAAGCAACUGACAUGAUCAUUGAUCGACCAUUGAAUCUGAAAGCAGAUUCUAGCGAGCAAAUCUUGCACGGUAUAAUUGAAGAUCGGAGUGGAACAGAUGUCACCUCUAAUUGUCGUCAAGGCUCUCGAAAAUUUCAUACUGGAAGAGACCGGAGAAAGAGAAGUUCAGCUCAUAAACCUUUCUUAUUUCCAUUCAAACUCGGGCUAUCGAAGAAGAAGACUCGAAAGUUGAAAAGACAAUAGCCGGUACGUAAGGUCAUAUACGAGAUUCAUUAUUUAUUUUUAUGACGUGGGAAUAGCGUAAACUUCCUACCGAACCUAAUACGGUUUGAAAUGAUACCAUGUAGUAAAAUGGCCUAAAUUGUUGGAAAAUAUGUGCAAGUCUUAUUAUUUUGUUUGCUAAAAUAGAUAUUUCAAUUGUUAGAAAUACAAUAAAAAAUUAAUUAUUAUUUAUUCAUGC